AGCUGUGAAGGACUCUGCUAACAAGAAAAGCUGCUGCAAUCUUGAGAAGGAGGAACUGGGGACUGAAGAACUCUGCUCCAGUGUUUGGGCUGCUCAGAGCAGCUCAGCAGCUCAGUUCAGGAGCUGCCAAGCAGGGUCAGCUGUCCUGUGACACAGAAGGGGCCAAAAGGACACCUGGAACUGUUCUGCUUUGGACAUGACCCUCCUGAACUAACAGUGCCUUCCAGGACAGAACUGCCAGUGAACACCAGUUUUGUACCUGAGGUCACCAGUUUGAUGGAGACAUUGGAGCUUAAGGUGGACAAGUACAAGAAAGAGAGGCAGCAGAUGGCGAGGUGAAGCAAGGCCAGACCCCGCCGGGGCGGGAGGGAGGGCGGGUGGUGCCGGGGGUCCAUCCGGGGUGGAGCGGAGCGCGGGGCGGUGCUGGCUCCGUCCUGCCCCGGCCCGCACCGCCGGGACGCGCAGAACGAACGGCGGGAAAGGCGCGGCGGGAGCGGCGGCGAUGGAGCACAAGACAUGGAGCAAUGGAAUCAACAAGGCCAGUAAGAUGGCCCUGCUGGCCUGGGAGAAGGAGACGGGCAUCGAGCUGGUGCAGAUCAACGGGCAGAGGCGCUACGGUGGGCCGCCCCCAGGCUGGGUGGGCGGCCCGCCGCCGGCCGGCACCGAGGUGUACAUCGCCAGGCUGCCGCAGGACAUCUACGAGAACACGCUGAUCCCGCUGUUCGAGCGCGUGGGGAAGCUCUACGAGUUCCGCCUCAUGAUGACCUUCAGCGGGCUCAACCGCGGCUUCGCCUACGCCAGGUACGGCUCCCGGCAGGACGCCCAGAGCGCCAUCGCCGCCUUCCACCGCUUCCAGCUGCGCCAGGGCUGCGCCAUCGUGGUGUGCUGGAGCACGCAGAAGCGCGAGCUCGUCGUCAGCGGCCUGGGCGCCUCGGUGAGCCAGCGGGAGCUGGAGGCCACGCUGCAGACGGUCACCGAGGGGAUCCGCAGUGUCACCCUGCACUCAAGCCCCUCCCAGAAACCGGGCAAGCUCGCUGUGCUGAAGUACAGGUCACACGAGGCUGCUGCCCUGGCCAAGAAAGCCCUGAUGGAAGGAAACCUGAGGAUCGGGGAACCAAAGAUGAGGGUGGACUGGCUGGAGCCCCAGCUGAAGCAGAAGCUGCAGCUCUGUAAGGAGGAGCCAUCCUCCAGCUGUGUGCAGGGAGGUGAGAGCCCGGCAGUGCCCCUGGCUCUGACGCUGCAGAACGUGCUGGAGUGCCUGAACAUGCUGUGCUGGAAGCAUCGCCUGAGGACACCCCUGUUCAUGACCAAGUGUGUCCAGGUGAACCCCAGCGGCUGGCAGCAGUUCUGGUACCAGGUGGCCAUCCCGGGGUCCCAUGUGCCCAUCGAUGGCUUCAUAUGGGUCUCACCAGACAGGCAGGGCCAGAGCGAGCACGAGAAGGCCAAGGUGCUGGCAGCCCUGCACGUUCUCCAGGUGUUAGGGGGCCAGCUGAAGUAGGCAUCUGCUCUGCUGGAGCCACGACUGAGCCUGAGCCCUGCUGGGCUCCCACCCUGUUCCAGUUUUCCUUGGAGUUCUUUGCAUCGGUUUUGUGAGCUGGCUCUGGAGGUCGAGGCUGCUGUCCACGGCAGCCACCCUGUCCCCGGGCAGCUCUUGAGUUGGUUCUGGUUUUGGGUUGGCUUUCCUGCCAAGUUUGGCUUCUGUUAAGCUGGUUUGUGUUGCGUUGGAGGGGCAGAUCCUGGAGAAGCAGCAGCUCUUGGGAGGGCUGCCAGCACUGGAUGCCAGUGUGAUGGAGGGAAUUCCUGCACUGGCAUUCCUGUUUCCUGAGGAAGAGCCUUAGGGGAGGACAAGGCACACACAGGGCGUGGCCCAGUGGUCACAGACGUUCUGUGGGCUGGUGGAGCUGCUGUGUGGGGAGAGGAGUGCCUGCAACCUGUUCGUUGUGAGGAAGCAGCUGUGGAGUUGGCAGCUGUCCAUGAAUGAUUCCUCAGGAGUGGCAAGUCUGGCCACACGUUGUUCUUUUGGGAUUAAAGAGUUUUGGAAAGCA